AUGGCACAAACUGAGAGUUCUCCGUCAAGCUCUACCAGACCAGACAUGGACCUCAAGAUAUCUGAGAAGCAUCCUCAUAUAGAGGCAGUGCCACCGUCUCAAACAGCAUCUCCCAUCAGCGAGGCUGAGUAUCCCGAAGGAGGCAGGGAAGCAUGGCUUGUUGUUGUCGGAGGCUGGUUCGGUCUCUUCUGCACCUUCGGCCUUGUAACCUGCGUCGGUGUAUUUCUCGAGUAUUACCAGACCAAACCUUUGGCGGACUUUAGUCCCAGCACCAUUAGCUGGAUCACGAGUUUACAGGUUUUCUUCCAGGUCGGCGGUUCAGCUCUCUGGGGUCGUGUUUACGAUUCAUACGGCCCUCGAUGGCUUCUCCUCAUCGGGGCACCAGUAUACGUCUUCGGCAUAAUGAUGCUUUCUUUAUCGACGCAAUACUAUGAGAUACUCCUCUCCCAGGCAUUGCUAAGCUCCAUGGGCUCUGGCGCCGUCUUCACAGCCUCGCUUACAUCGACAACGUCAUGGUUCAGAAAGAAGCGUGGAACCGUAUUUGGCAUCGUCAACUCGGGAUCCUCAGCCGGUGGUAUAGUACUCCCAAUCAUGCUAUCUCGUCUUUUCAAGAGUAUCGGCUUUGGCUGGACCUUGAGAGCUGUCGGACUCAUGUUUUUGGCUUUCAUGGCAAUUUCGUGCGUGUUGAUCAAAUCGCGAACACCGCCGAAGCCUCGUCCUUUCGCUUUAUCGGAUUAUCAGCGCUGUUUCAAAGAGCCGACCAUGUUGUUGACCAUGCUUGGCGGCUUUCUCUUCUUUUGGGGAAUGUUUCUGCCAUUGAACUACAUCAUCAUCCAGGCAAAGGCGAGCGGCGUUUCGUCUGACCUUGUCCCUUAUCUUUUGCCCCUCAUCAACGGUAUAAGCCUGAUCGGUCGUCUUACAGCAGGUGCACUAGCGGAUGUCAUCGGUCAGUUCAACUGUAUGUUAAUAAUCACCGCAUUCACGGGCAUCUUGACUCUCGUGCUUUGGAUCCCGGGCAGCCAAAGCACAGCAGCUAUUAUGGCGUAUGCUGUUGCCUUUGGUUACGGCUCAGGUGGCUACGUGUCCAUAUUCCCUGGUUGUGUCGGACAGAUCAGCCCAAUCGAAGAGAUUGGUACACGGAUCGGACUUGCGUCACUUGUAAAUGCAUUCGGGGCCUUGACGGGUAGUCCACUUGGUGGUGCGUUGAUCUCGGAUAAGAGUGGAAGUGGUAAUAGCUUCAUGGGCUUGCAAUUAUUUUGCGGCUGUACUAUGAUUGCCUCGGUAUUUGCCUAUGGAACUGCACGGUAUCUCCAGGCUGGUUUCAAAUGGACCAAGGUUUAG